AUGAAGUUUUCAACGACUAGUGGAGGUGGUGGAGGCGGUGGAGGCGGUGGAGGUGGCGGAGGCGGUGGAGGAGGUGGAGGAGGUAGUGGUGGCGGCGGCGGUGGUGGAGGAAGUUGUGAGGAUAUUUCUUCAAACUGCAUAGAUUAUGUAAGUUACUGCAAAGCGCAACAUUGGGUAGACUACAUGAAGAAGUACUGUAAGAAAACUUGUAAAUAUUGCAGUGGCGGAGGCGGUGGCGGUGACGGCGGCGGUGGCGGCGGUGGCGGCGGUGGCGGCGGUGGCGGCGGUGGUGGUGGCGGCGGUGGCGGUGGAGCAGGUAUUCACUAUCUAUUUUAA